CUCGGAACAAGCUCCUAAGGGCCUUCUCCCUCCUCAGUCAGGAUAACCCAACGAGACUAAUCUAAAAAACUAAUAGUACUAGAACCACCUUGCGUCCGGACUCACCUUGCGUCCGCACUCGGAUCGUUCAUUUCCUUCCGAGUCAGGCUGGCGUACUUUUGGCACUAUUUGCCAGAUACUUGCUUUGCGAGCCCGAGAGGGCGGACCGAGUGCAAUCUCGAAGAAAUACGUCGCGUUCUUUCGCGGGGCAGUCUACGAUUCGCGGGAGUCACAACGAGGGCAUUGCGCAUUGCGGACACGUUCCAUGCGACACUAACUUGUGUCAAUGCUAUUAGAGGUUCCUUGUGCGUCGCCGCGAGCACCGGCCACGCGCCGCUACUGGAUGUACUUCGCGAGGAAGCGCUUGUGGAAGUCGUUGCGGAUCGUGUCGUUGACGAAGGUCCUGCCCUUCUUCUCCGCCGCGCCGCGCGCCUGGUGGCGGAAGACGACGUCGUCGUUCCAGCGCCUCUUGACAGCGCCGGACGGCGCCUGCGUGCGAAUCAACAGUAAGUCCAAAGGCGCCGUGAAAUCGCUCGCCGGGCGGCGCCGGGUCGAGGAGCGGGUUCGUCGCGGCGGCGGCCUUGGCCGCCGCGGCCUCGUCCUCCUCGCGCCGCCGCUCCGCGUCCCGCUCGGCGCGGAUCUUCUCCAGCUCGGCCCGCAGCGCCGCGCCGUCGUCGUCGUCGUCCGAGUCCGAGUCCGAGUCGGACCCCUCGCCGUCGCUCGCGUCGCGGUCGUCGUAGGCGUCCAGCGCGCCCGGCGCGACGGCGACGUCGCGGAGCUGGUCCGGCGCCCUGGCGACGCGCGCGUCGGCGGCGAGCAGGAGCUGGCCCUGCGGAGCCCCGCUCGACCGCUCGGCGGCGUCGAGGCGCGCGGCAUAGUCCUCCGGCGUCGCGUCGGCGAUGCCCUCGAGCUGGUGCCCCGUCCGGUACUUCAUCUUCAGCUGGUUGGGCACGUCGCGGGCGUGCGCCAUCGCCGAGCGCACGCCGCCGCUCGAGUAGACGCCGAACUCGUUGCCAUGCUCGCGCGCGGCCGUCCAGGUCGGUCGGUGGGCCGUCGUCAUCUUUUUUCUGGUGUUUUACGAGGCCGGCGCCCAAGGGAG